AUGGUUACUUACACUUGCUCCGCCGCCGACCUCCGCCCUCUUCUCGGCGGAGGAGGCAACGCCACCGCCGCAGCCGAAUACUUAUGUGGUCGUUUUGAUGCCAUAUCAAACAAGUUUGUUGACACAUCUUAUGCGGUUGACAACACUUACCUUCUCUUCUCUGCGUACCUUGUCUUUGCCAUGCAACUUGGGUUUGCCAUGCUUUGUGCUGGUUCAGUUCGUGCCAAGAACACCAUGAACAUCAUGCUCACCAAUGUUCUCGAUGCUGCUACUGGUGGGAUUUUCUUUUACAUCUUUGGCUUUGCUUUUGCAUUUGGUACACCUUCAAAUGGUUUCAUUGGGAAACACUUCUUUGGCCUUGAAGAGUUUCCUUCAGUUUCUUUUGACUAUGGUUACUUUCUCUUUCAAUGGGCUUUUGCCAUUGCUGCUGCUGGGAUCACGAGUGGUUCCAUAGCUGAGAGGACACAGUUUGUCGCUUAUUUGAUAUACUCAUUGUUUUUGACUGGUUUUGUGUACCCAAUUGUGGCACAUUGGUUUUGGUCUCCUGAUGGGUGGGGUAGUCCUGCUAGAGCUGAGAAUUUGUUGUUUGGAUCUGGGGUUAUUGAUUUUGCUGGUUCUGGUGUUGUUCAUUUGGUUGGAGCUAUUGCUGGAUUGUGGGGUGCUUUCAUUGAAGGUCCUAGAAUUGGGAGGUUUGAUCAUGCAGGGAAACCUGUGCCAAUGAGAGGGCACAGUGGUACUUUGGUGGUUUUGGGGACAUUCAUGUUGUGGUUUGGUUGGUAUGGAUUCAAUCCUGGUUCGUUUCUUAAUAUCUUGAAGGCUUAUGGAGGGAGAGGUUCUUAUUAUGGGCAAUGGAGUGCUAUUGGGAGGACUGGAGUGACCACAACUUUAUCUGGAUGUGCAGCAGCAUUGGCUACCCUCUUUGGAAAACGCAUGCAAACUGGGCAUUGGAAUGUCACAGAUGUUUGCAAUGGUUUGCUUGGUGGGUUUGCUGCUAUCACUGCAGGGUGUUCUGUGGUGGAUCCUUGGGCUGCAAUCAUAUGUGGAUUUGUGGCUGCUUGGGUGCUUAUUGGAUGCAACUUGCUGGCAGAGAAAUUGAAGUAUGAUGAUCCACUUGAGGCUGCACAACUUCAUGGUGGUUGUGGCACUUGGGGGAUCAUUUUCACUGCUUUGUUUGCUAAGAAAGAGUACGUGAAUGAGGUGUACCCAGGGUUCCCUAAUAGGCCUUAUGGGCUGUUUAUGGGAGGGGGUGGCAAGCUCUUGGCAGCAAAUCUUGUUCAGAUUUUGGCAAUCAUCGGUUGGGUGAGUGUCACAAUGGGAACAAUGUUCUUUCUGUUGCAUAAACUGAAUCUGCUGAGGAUAUCACAUGAUGAGGAGAUGGCUGGGUUGGAUUUAACCCACCAUGGUGGAUUGGCUUAUGAGUAUCAUGAAAGCGUGGAACAUAUACAGAAACGUGAAGUUGGAGCAACUGUUUGA